UAAUAGCAGGAUCCCGUCUAUGCGUGCAGUUGAAGUGUGAACUUGCUGUAUGCGUACUGCGGUUCUCACCUUGGGGGGAAGUUCCGUUUAUCUUUGCCUUUGGCAUUUGACAGCUGGUUUACACAUUGCUGAGCAUCUCACUGUGAGCAAACGUGCAGUGAAAAGAAAGCGCACAGCUGAGAACAAACGCAUGCAUGUUUACGCAUUAAUUGCGCUUGGACUUUAAAGUGGACUUGGACUGAGAGAAGUUUCGGGUGUCGGAUUUAUUAUUUUUUUAAAAAUCCUCUUCGUCCUGUUACUCUACAAUGAAAGCAGUGAACAGUCUUCUCCUCCUGUGGUCGUGUACUCUGGUGCAGGAAUGGACUUUAUGCAUCGGUGAGGAAGAAAACCCGUCACUGAUGAAAAGUGUGAAUCCUUGUUGCUACUACCCUUGUCAGAACCGGGGCAUUUGUAUGAGAUAUGGACUAGACCGAUACCAGUGUGACUGCACCAGAACUGGGUACUAUGGAGAAAACUGCACUAUCCCUGAGUUCUGGUCCAGAGUCUAUGAGCUCAUGAAGCCAAGUCCUGAUGUCGUCCACUACAUCCUGACCCAUUUUUACUGGUUAUGGAGCCUUAUAAAUAAUACCUUCCUGAGGGAGUGGAUCAUGUAUAAGGUCCUUACAGUGCGAUCAGACCUUAUUCCCAGCCCUCCUACCUAUAACUCCAAGUAUGGCUACCUGAACUGGGAAUCAUAUUCCAAUAUCACUUAUUACACCCGAAUUCUGCCUCCAGUGCCACUGGACUGCCCAACACCUAUGGGUGCCAAAGGAAAAAUUGAGCUUCCAGAUCCCAAACUGUUGGUGGAAAAGUUUUUAUUGAGGCGGGAAUUCAGGCCAGACCCCCAGGGUACAAAUUUAAUGUUUGGCUUUUUCGCUCAGCACUUCACUCACCAGUUCUUCAAAACACACAAUCGGAUGGGGCUUGGCUUUACCAAAGGUCUAGGCCACGGGGUGGAUGCUGGACAUAUUUAUGGAGAUAACCUUGAACGCCAGCUGAGUCUUAGACUUCUCAAAGAUGGGAAGCUGAAGUACCAGAUCGUCAAUGGGGAGAUGUACCCACCUACAGUGGCAGAGACCAACGUGAACAUGAACUACCCUCCAUCAGUUCCACCAGAAAAGCAAAUGGCUAUUGGGCAGGAGGUGUUUGGCCUGUUGCCAGGCUUAAGCAUGUACGCCACCCUGUGGCUGCGUGAACACAACCGUGUGUGUGACAUCCUAAAGAAAGAGCAUCCCACCUGGGGAGAUGAGCAACUCUUUCAGACCACCAGACUUAUUAUUAUAGGUGAGACUAUCCGAAUAGUGAUUGAGGAUUAUGUACAGCACCUAAGUGGCUACCAUCUAAAGCUGAAGUUUGAUCCAUCCCUGCUCUUCAGCUCCAAAUUCCAGUACCAGAACCGCAUUGCCGUGGAGUUUAAUCACCUUUAUCACUGGCAUCCACUCAUGCCCAACAGCUUCUUCAUUGAUGGAAGUGAGAUCUCCUAUGAUGGGUUCAUGUUCAACACCUCCAUUCUGACUCACUAUGGAGUGGAGAAACUGGUGCAGGCUUUCUCAACUCAGCCAGCAGGACAGAUUGGAGGUGGCCGUAAUAUUCCACAUAUAGUGGCCAGAGUAGCUGAAGGAGUCAUUAAAGAAUCUAGGCAACUUCGGCUACAGCCAUUUAAUGAGUACCGCAAAAGAUUUAACCUGAAACCAUACAAAUCAUUCCAUGAAUUUGCAGCUGACAAGGAGAUCGCCCGUGAGUUGGAAGAGCUCUAUGGAGAGAUUGAUGCUAUGGAAUUUUAUCCUGCUUUAUUGCUAGAGAAGACACGGCCUGAUGCCAUAUUCGGACAGAGCAUGGUAGAAAUGGGGGCGCCAUUUUCCCUAAAAGGUCUUAUGGGAAACCCCAUAUGUUCACCUGAAUACUGGAAGCCCAGCACUUUUGGAGGUCAGAUUGGCUUUGAUAUUGUCAACUCUGCUACUCUUCAAAGACUGGUUUGUCUCAAUACUAAGUGGUGUCCUUAUGUAUCCUUCCAUGUUCCCCCGCCAGGUUAUCAGCAGAAAAAAUCAGGUGACACUCAUGCUGAAUUGUAGCCAAAAAUAGAGAUGAGAGAGAGUUUUUAGAUGCUCGAACCAGGUUGUCUGGGAUGCUGCAGUAAAUAUUUGUUUACACAGUUGGCUGACUUAUGUUAUUACAUUAACAACAUACAGUUGUGAAAAUAAGUAUUGAACAUGGCAACAUUUUUUUUCAGGAAAUAUAUUUCCAAUGAGGCAAUUCACAUGAAAUUUUCAUCAGACAUCACUACUGACUUAAAAAAUCCAAACAUUAAAGUCCAUAAAUGAAGUUAUGUGUAAUAAAGAGGAAUAACACGAAAAAAGCAUUGAAAAUGCUAACUGCAAUUUAUUUAAUACUUAGUGAAUAAGACUUUGUUUGUAAUGACAGCUUCAAGACGCUUCUUGUAUGAAGAAAUUAAUGGGCCGCAGUAUUCAGGUGUGAUUUUGGCCCAUUCUUCUAAACAUAUUGUUUUUAAAUCUUGUCUAAUUGGAUUCAAGUCAGAUGAUUGACUGGGCCAUUCUAACACCUUGAUUUUUUUCUCUGAAACCAAUUGAGAGUUUCCUUUGCUGUAUGCUUUGGAUCAUUGUCCUGCUGGAAGGUGAACGCAUGUCUCAUUUUCAUCAUCCUGGUGAACGGCAGAUAAAUCUCAAGAAUCUCCUGGUUAAGGGCUCCAUUCAUCAUUCCUUCAAUUAUAUGAAAUCUACCAGUACCAUGUGAUGUAAAACAGCCCCACACCAUGAUGCUUCCACCUCCAACUUCACUGUUGGUAUAAUGUUUUAAGGGUGAUGUGCAGUGCCAUUUCUUCUCCAAACAUUGUGUGUAGUCUGACAGCCAAAAAGUUCAAUUUUGCUCUCGUCUGACCAGACUACACUCUCUCAGUAUUUCAUAGGCUUGUCCAAAUAAGUUGUAGCAAACUUUAAACGAGCCUCAACAUGCCUUUUCUUUAGUAAUGAGUCUGUGCGUGGCAGGUUGAUGACGGAGUGAUGUUGCCUCCACUUGUGGAUAAUGGCCCCAGUGGUGCUUACUGGAAGAUUCAGAAGUUUUAAAAUACGUCUGUAUCCAAUUCCAUCAACAUGUUUUGCAACAAUAAGGUUGCGAAGGUCUUGGGAGAUCUCUUUGCUUUUACCCAUCUUGAGAAGUUUUUUGUGUGACACCUUGGUAACGAAAAGCCUUUUUAUUGACCAUCAAUUUACUAACCUAGCUGAUAUUAAUUUGCACAGAUAGGGGGUAUAAUUACUUACGGAUUUCAGCUGGUUCCUUGCCUUACCUCUCCUUGGAAAACUGCUUUUUCUUAGCGUGUUCAAUACUUUUUUCUGUGUCAUUCCACUUUAUUACACACAACUUUAUUUAUGGAGUUUAAUGUUGUGAAUUCUUUAUAUUGCCAGAUUUCUUCAGUUAAUACUGAUGUCUGGUGAAAAUUUCAUGUGAAUAGCAUAACUGGAAAUAUAUUUCCUGAAAAAUAUGUUGACAUGUUCAAUACUUUUUCCCCACACUGUAAUUAUUUUUAACUACUGUAUUGAUACCUGCUAUAAUUAGUACACUGGGCUGAAUGUCAUUAUAUAAAUUAGGCGCAUGUCUCUACUUGCAGAAGGCUCAUUGAAUAAGCCCCAGGGAACUUCAAAGUGCCUUUUAAUUAGGUUAAUGUUAGUAAAAAGGGCACAAAUAAGUAAAAUAUUUGUAACAUCUACAUGUGUAAAAAUAUGUAAUUUUAUUUUCACCAAUUACAAGGUCCUCUGACAAAACUACAUAUUUAUAGAGUGUGAGCAACCUAGUGAGGGAUAGACAUCUUUUCAGCAAAAGGUAAAAUGUUAAAAUACCUUUCUCUGUACUCCCUGUGACAUUAAUGAAUUUCUCACAGCAAAGCUAUGCAACGGAAAACUGAACAGUGAUAAAUGUUUACAUAUCAGACACUAUGUAAUGUAUUGUAAUGACACUUGGGCAUAAAAGAACAUGAUCUUAGGACCAGAAUCCCUAAUGCUCUAGCACAGUACAAUCUUUGUAAGGUGCUAAUAUCACCCUGAAGCAGCAGCAUAACAUCUAUAUUCCUUUGUAGUGGUAGUCCAUUGUGUCAUACACUCACAGAUCACUUUAACAGGUUUACCCCUGCACAUACAUGCAGUUAUCCAAUCAUGUAGCAGCAAUGAAUAAAAUAAUAUAGGCAGGUUACAACAGCAGAAAACCAUACUGGGUUUCAUGCCUGUCAGACAAUAACAGGAACCUGAGCCUACAGUGUGCGCAACAAAACUAGACAGUAGUUUCAGUUGCUUCAGAUUCCUAUUUGUGGCUGAAAAGUGGAACUUAGUGUUGUCUUCUGCCUCAAUAUUUGACUUGUGUGCAUUGAGAUGCUUUUCUAUUCACCACAGUUGUAAAGAAUAGUUAUUUGAAUUGCUACUCAAAACAAGUCUGACCAUUCUCUACUGACCUGUCUGGUACCAACAACUACCCCAAUGGUUAAGCUCUUCACCUGUAUCUAUAUGAUUUUAUGGAUUGUAGUGCUGCCACAUGAUUGGCUGAUUAGAUAAAUACAUGAAUAAGCAGGUGCAUAUUUAUUAAAUUGGCCAAUGUGUGUAUAUGCCCUUUGAAUAACAAGGCUUAUGAUGGUUUUUGUUUGUUUGUUUGUUUGUUUGUUUGUUUUUAUUUUGAUAAAGUAAAAUCCAGACUUUCUCGGUAAAAGGCUUGAGAGUGUUUGGGUUUGAGAAAAGUAUAUAUAUAUAUAAAAAAAAAAGCAGUGCUGUCUUGGACAGCUUUCAAACAGACAUUAAUCAAUGAUGUUGACAAGCGGAAUUUUCGAUCCAUGCGCAGUAUUGGCAAAUAACAAGUUAAAUGUAAUGUCAUUAAUAUGAAAAUUGUUUCAAUGAUUCCGGUAACCUGCAAUCAGUGUUCUGCCCAGUCAUGCACUAAAGCACCUUGUCAAUGUGUAAAGGUGUUGGAAAUUGAAAGGUGUUUUUUGAUGUGUGAUAACUGAUACUGAAACUGAGGCUUGUUUGUUACAAUAACUGUUGAUUUUCUGAAGCACUGGCUUAAGAUUAAUUAAUCAGAGGUAAUAAUUUGUUGAAACUCCUCGUUUUUUAACUGCUGCAAUUAUGAAUAAAGAAUGAGAAUCUACUCAUGAUUAUUCAACUGAAAAAUAGAAUAUGAUUUGAAAAUUAACAAUUUAUGACAACAUAUGAUUAUUAUUAUGCCUUGUUUCUGGAUUUGUUUGUUGUUUUUGUUUGCUAUUCUAAUUUUUCAAUUACUCAGUUGUGAGUUUUUAGAACAAAAGGCUUUUCCUGAAAUGGAUAGACUGAUGGGUAAUUUCAUUAAUAAAAAAUGGUCUUUCCUGAAUAACUAA